AUAUAGUCAAGAAUUCAGUAUACAUGCAUAUAGUUAAUUCUUGACUGUAUAUAAAAUUGUACAAAUAGCUUGUCUAAAACGGCUGAGUAGUAACUCGUGUAGUCAUAGCCUAAUAGACAUUAUUAAUUUAUAAAGGCCUGAUUCUGUCGUGUGUAAAGUGCAGUCAUGUGUAAUCAGUGUGUUUGGAGCAGUGAGUAUAAAAGCUGCUGUGAUCAAAGAGGAAAAUAAAAGCGUAAGUGCAAUAUUGUCUAUUAAGCUUUGGUAAAACUUUACUAUUUUAUUUUUAAAGAGAAUUAGUCUACUUUCUGUAGUUGGUGCUGCAUUGUUUGCAUCUAAACAGUUUAUGUGCAGAUGUAUCUGUCUUCGUGUUCCUCACGAGUGACAGCCGCUCCAGAUAGAAUGUCUUUCUUCUUCUGAAAAUGCCUUGAAGUCUCUUGGGAACUUUGAGUUAUUUUUGCUACUUUUAAAGGCUUCAUGUCUUUAUUCAUCCUGUUGGAGAGCGCUGGGGAAGAAACUUCCCACCUCCCAGUUUCAUUCCCUCAUCCACUCCUGUUUCUUCAUCUUUCUGUUCUGUCAGUUUCGUAAAGCAUUUGUGGUUGGAUGUUUUGUGUUACUUUCUUGAAUGCAACAUCUGGAGCAUUAAUGGUGCUGGAUCUGUGGAGACUAAAAGUAAAAGGAUGCUGAGGUAUUAGUGUGGUAGACGAAGGGCAAAAGGUUAAUUCCCCUGUUGUAAUCCUAAAUCCAUAGAGGAUUUAGAAGAGAUCUUAUUUCUUUCGUUUUCUUGGCAGUACAGAUGUGAGUGCCAUGGUCACCAAAGACAACGCUAACUCUGGCUCUGGCGGAAAGACAACCUGUGUGAAAAAACAAAAGUGUAUAAUGAACAAUUCUCAAAAGGCUGGGGCACUUUACAGGGACCCGCAGAAGACUAUAUUUGAACCCGAACUGACCCUUGAGGUCAUGGCUGACGAUGCUGAAAGGAAAACAAAUCCGGUCGCAGUGAACGGUGUUCUAAAAUCCACUAUGAAUGAACAGACGUGUAACGUACGGAGUGUUUCCAAUCUCCAGGAUCUGAAAGAGAUGCAAUAUCUGCACCACGAGGCUGAGGACAGUCUAAUCGACCCGUCACUGGACAUGGACAAGUCAUCCCUCAUGGGUUUCGUCGACUCCAGUAACCUGGAGAGCUCAGAGGAUGUUCAGACCGUCCCGUGCAUCCAGGUGGACGUUAAAACGAAUGUGGUGCUGAUCGAUGAGGAUGAUGAUGAUAUGUCUCUAAGGGAGAGGACAGUGACGGACGUGUCCACUGUGGACGGGAACGCGGCCGAGCUUGUGUGCAGAAGGCUCCAAUCAAUCUCCUCUGACUCCACCCACUCUUUAUGUGAUGGGCGGAGUCUAGAGCAAGAUUCGACCAUUGAGACACCUCAAGAGAAACAGGAGCCACCCGAAAAACACAAACAUGCUUGCUGCCUCUGUGUUAUCAUUUAAUGUUUCUCAGAAAAAGGGCCAAGAUUAUACACUUUUCAAGCAUUUUUUUUUUCUUUAAAAUCAUUUUAUAAUGUUAGUCAAGACGAAGUUUAAGUUUUUCAUGACCAUUUUUAACUCUCUCUCUGACCCUUAAAAAUGACUGAGUUUAUACUUGACAUGGAAAUUAUUUUACUGCCAUAAUGUGACAUAUUUCCAAAUGAAAGAAUAUUUAAUGGGGUAAAAAAGGAAAGGUUGGAAGUUUCAUAAAGUUAGUCAGAGUUUCUUAAAGCAAAAAAAAAAACAGUUAUAAUUAAGUGUCAUGACCAUUUAUAACUCUUUCUUAUCUUGCUACUGUCCUUUUUAUGGAAUUGUUUCACCACAGAAUAAAA